GUUUGAAAGGUUUUAUCUCUUUAUUACUAUCUAGUUGGUCAUAAAUUUUGAUUCAUGCAUUGCUAUAAAAGGACAACAUCUUCUUUAAAUAAGUGUACAGUUGCUAGUGAAUAGCUUGAAAAAUGUUGGUAUUAAAGUACUUGUUUAUUUGUACUGUCAUUAUCAGCUUGGCAAACUGUGCAAGUGUGUUCCAGAGCGACCUCGUUGUACAAAUAAAGAAUGGAGCAGUACAAGGUCGUCAAAGUACAACUCUAGAAUUAAAAGUUCCGUACUAUUCAUUUAGAGGAAUUCCAUAUGCAGAGCCUCCAAUUGGAAAUCGUAGAUUUGAGCCUCCUGUUGCCAAAGGUAACUGGGAUGGUGUCUUAGAUGCCACCGAAGACAGAGCUCACUGUAUACAAGGCUCAGAUCCUGUUGUUGGAGAAGAAGAUUGUUUGUUUAUCAAUGUGUAUACACCAACCCAACCAUCGGAUUCGUGUGAACUUUUACCUACAAUGGUAUGGAUUUAUGGCGGCGGUUUCGAAGGAGGAGAUUCUACUUAUGAUAACUACGGGCCAGACUUUCUUUUAGAAAAGAACGUUAUUGUGGUAUCACUUAACUACAGGUUGGGAUUUUUGGGUUUUUUGAGCACCGGCGAUAACGUGGUUCCGGGAAAUAAUGGUCUAAAAGAUCAAGUUUUGGCUCUGAAGUGGGUUAAAGAUAAUAUCGAUCGUUUUUGCGGAGAUCCAAAUCAAAUUACUCUCGCCGGACAAAGCGCGGGUUCUGCUUCUGUAGCUUAUCAUAUUCAGUCACCACAGUCACAAGGACUUUUUAAUCGAGUUAUAAUGCAAUCGGGUGUGUCUUUGAGCUUGUGGGGACUCAGCCGCAGAGUUCCUCAGAUUUUGAAUCAAGUAGCUGUGGAUCUGGGUAUCGAUAACUCUACUACUCGAGCUAUAGUUGACGGUUUAAAAGAACUGGAGGUUGAUUAUCUUCAAAGCUCGGCUUCUUCAACAAUAACAAGUGUAUACCUUGCUAAUAAUCCCAGAGAAGGAUUUGCGAUAGGUCCUGUUAUCGAACCAGAUCAUCCAGAUGCGUUCAUCAGUGGACGAAGUCACGAGAUACUAGAGGGCGGUCAAUUUACUAAAGUACCUAUUCUUUUGGGUUUCAAUUCUCUGGAGGGAACUUACAAUUUUGAAUUACUUUUCCGUCUCUAUCUCGUCCAGUACGACCUUAAUCCAGAGAAACUGCUACCAGCCGAUAUGAAUGUUGACAGCAGCAAAGCAGCAGCGGCCGCUAAGAAGCUUAAGAGUUACUAUUUUGGAUGGAUCCCAGUCAGUCUUUCAAAUAUGGAGUUGAUGAGAUUUUUGAGCGACGAUCAAUUCGUAAGAUCGAUUAGGGAAUUUGCUCGUUUGGCUCAAAGGCACGUUCCUGUAUAUCUUUACCGAUUUUCGUACGAAGGUGGAUUAUGGGGUUAUCAUAAUAGGACUAUAGCUGGUGUGACUCACAGCGAAGAGCUAGGGUACUACUGGGUAAGCAAACAUGACCCACUGCGCGAACAUGAUCUCACUGUGAGAACCAGAAUGGUAACCUUGUGGACCAACUUUAUUAAAUACGGAAAUCCAACUCCAAGCCAAGAUUCCAGAUUAGAAAAUAUUAUUUGGGAAACCCUUGGUAACAGUUUGAAUUAUUUAGAUAUUGGAGAACAUUUGGUUCCGACGCAAUCUCCAGAAAAAUCCAACAUGCAGUUCUGGGAUGACUUCUAUAACGAAUACGGUAACCCACCUUACAGCACAUAUUAGUUCAAAAUGUACUCAAAAUUAGUUUUAUAGUGAAGUUGUAAAUAAAAUAUACCUAAGACACA